ACGUCAUCUGCUUCGCGAGCCUGCUCCAUCCCCCGCCGUCAUUGUCACAAGGAUCCCCUACUCAAAGCCCCAUUUCCCUCUUUUUCAUCAAGUGUAAUUUGACUUGAGCGCCUAAUUUCUGACCCUGAACCUGUUGCCCAAGGCCUAAUUUUCUUCAAACCCACUUACAUAACCACAAGUCGUGAGGGAUCCAUCAUGACUUCAUUGCCGGUCACAACGCCUACGAAACGGACGGAGCUUGUAGCCGAGUCACCGACCACUGCCCGUCCACUGGAAAUGGAUGACGACGACGUCCACGACUCUACCAUGACAAGCGAACCUGGUGUUGUUACCCCUACCAAAGAUGCCACCGCGAGCAAACCAGAACCCGAGACAUCAACGGACACUGCGCCUGUCCAGACAGCUGUCAGUGAUGAAGCGGCGCCACCAAAGCCACCCAGACCUGCUACCGAAGCUCAAAAGAAUGAAACAAUUUUGAAGGAAGCUUUCCCUAGCGUGGAUGCCAGCAUCAUCAAGGCUGUCUUGACUGCCAGUGGUGGCAAGGUUGAGCCUGCUUUCAACGCGCUCCUUGAAAUGACGGAUCCUGAAGCCGCAAAGCAAGAACCGGAAGAGCAACCCCCUGCACAGCCUCCAAGACCUCAAGGCCAAACCCACAUGUCGCAACUCGAAGCCGACGAAUUAUAUGCACGCCAGUUAGCUGAACAUUACGAUAAUGUUGGUGCCUAUGAAGCUAGAACUUCCAGCCUUAACCGCAACCGGCGUCAGCAGCCUGACCUAGAUGACGAGGAUCGUGAGCGUAACUUUAUUGACGACGACCUGCCUAUUAUUCGCGAGAACCUGCGCCAAGGAUUCCUCGAUACUCAGACCAAGGUAAAUGGGUGGAUCUCCAAUCUGCGCAAACGAAUCGAAGACAACUUUGACGAGGGCGACGAGGAAACGCACAACCAAGGCCCAUCUCAACGUCACUCGGGAGACCGCAGCCGUCGCAGCGGGGAUUAUGAUCGAUACGAUGCCGACCCUCAGGUUCUGAGCGAUGAUUUCGCAGGCAUGCGAUUCUCACAGGAUGGCACUGCUCAUCCCCUUUCGGGGGGUUUACACCGACCCCCUCCACUAUCGAAAUCACCGCGACCUAACGACGGACGCCGUGUUGGGUUCAAAGAGGGCCACGAAGAAAUUAAUAUGUACGAUUCCUCGCCAAAGGUCCCACCCAAGGAUACGCCUCCUACUUCAGCAAUGAAGGCUAGCAAGUGGCAACCGUUGUCCAGCGUGGAGCCUGAGCCUAUUGCCGAUAACGACCCGUUCAGCCUGGGAGAUAGUGAGGAUGAGAAGGAGAAAGAUACCAAGGACAAGCCUAAGGAUGCUGUCAAGGACAGCAAGGAUGACGAGGCUGAAAGACUAAAGAAGGCUGCCGCAGAAGCCAUGUCAGACAGCCUGGUUGAUACACCAAAGACGGACGAAACGGCUGCGAAGACCGCUUAGAGACGAACUUGAAAAAAUUGAACUUGUAACGUAAGAUUGCCAGGAAUGCAUCUCGAAUAUACAAUAUUCAAAAGCGCUUUAUCAAGUCAACAUGUUUUCUUGUGGUGCCUGGUAGCUGUGUUUGCGGCGGGAGUCGCCACCACUCACAUGCUGCCAGUUUGACUACAUAAGGUUGCAUCUCAAAGCUUCGGGUCGGGACCCUCCCCUCCUGCAACAACCCCUCUUCUUUGGGCUUUAGAAUUGGAGAAGGUGCAGGCGGGGUUGGCCGUGUGUCGUCAACGGUUCAAGAGAGUGCCUGGUUGCCAUGCCUGUGCUUUGUGUAGGUACAUCAGAAAGUGACCAGACACAGUUGAGAUGCUGGCACGGGGUCAGAUUCGUAGUUCUGAUUGGUUGUGGGAGACGAAAGAGUGUGUGAAAGUAAUUCACUAGAUAGUGUAGCAUCGAUUCUGUAUGUGCUUUUGCGUGGUGGCUCCAUAGCCGGUUAAUAAUCGGAUGCUGAAAACAGGUCCAGUAGUGGACACUGCCGACCACGAGUCCCGCCAACAGUCACUAUGAAGCUAUUGUCGUGUCAGCGGCGUGAACAGCGGCAUAUAAAUGACGGAAAAUUGCGGCAAAAUGGCUGGUUCAGAUUCGAAACUGCUUGUGUAUUAUUUAGCUUUGAAGUUACUUUAUAAAUUUUGAAAUAUUGUAUUGAAAA